AUGGCCGUAGCCGUGUUGGCCGACCAGCAGAGCAAACCAACCGAGAAGCGCCGAGCCAAGCACGGCCGAGGGGGGCACAAAUCGUUUUGGCAGACUGCCCCGUCACCGGGUGACCGCCGGCUACCGGAAUCCAAGCCAACCCAGAGAACUGCCGUGGGCCCGCGCGACCAGAGACUUUUGUCGUUGUUUACGCUCGUGCGCUUCGAGAACAACAUAUGCGUGGGUUCAUCGGGUGAGAAUGGCACCUGCAUAUCCCCGGCCGAGUGCGCCCAGCGCGGUGGCUUGGCGAGCGGGACCUGCGCCAACGGCUACGGGGUCUGCUGUAUCGUGAGUGUGAGCUGCGGCCAAUCGACCUACGACAACAACACGUACUUUGUUAAUCCAAAUUAUCCAUCCGGCUUCGACGGAACGAACUCGUGUCAACUGACCGUCCUCAAACAACACCCCGACGUCUGUCAGUUCAGGUUGGAUUUCGUGCAAUUCAGUAUCCGCGGGCCCGAGAACAUCAACAACCUCUGCACCUACGAUCAGUUCAUCGUGUCCGGUGGUAACCCGGUAUCACCAAUUUGCGGGAACAACAACGGCAACCACAUGUACAUAGACGUGGGCACAGGUCCGACGAACCCGGUGAUAUUGUCUUUCGUGACGAGCGGCAGCGGCUUCGAGCGCUCCUGGCGGGUGCGCGUUGCCCAGAUACCCUGCAGCAGUAUCUUCCGGGCCGAGGAGGGCUGCCUCCAGUACUACACGGGCGUCUCGGGCCAGGUCAAGUCGUUCAACUUCGACCCCAUCGUCGGGCUCCAGCUCUCCAAUCAGGACUACAGCAUCUGCAUCAGGAUGGAGCGGAACUUUUGUGGCAUCCAGUACAUGGCCUGCGAAGAUGUAAACUCGCUGCAGAGUGGUAUAAACAGUGUGGGAUUCGGGAGUCCCGGGGGCCAGCAAAUUCCACGGAGUUUCACCCUUUCGGGCAACACGUUGAACGGCCAAUUGGCGGCCAUGGUGGACAGGGCCUGUCAGAGCGACUGGCUGAUGAUUCCGUGUGCAGCUAACGCGGGACGAUUGCAGACCAACCAAAUUCCCUGCGUUGAUCGAUUUUGCGGCGGGGCCUUCAACGCCGAGGCCUCCGUCAACUCCACCUCCAUCAUCAGUACGGUCAAGCCGUUUCGGCUGUACUUUCACUCGGAUGGCACAGAAGCGCCCAACGAUUACGGCAAUCGAGGCUUCUGUUUGAACUACGUGCAACAACCGUGUACCAUGAAAUUGCGCUGACAUACGAUAAAAUUACAACUACUUACUCUAUUACACCCAUACUUAUUCGAGACAAUUGCGUUUUUUUUAUCCUCGACAAACUGGACAUCAUUUCCAAGAUAAAUCUUACAUGGGAUACGAUCAAGGCAUUGCUAGCAAAGAUGUUAAAUAUUUCAUAAGUAUAACCCAAUCAUUUUUAACGUAAAAAUCGUUUUAGAAAAGCAGAUAGGCAUAAGCUUUUAAUUUUUUUUUUUUUUUUUUUUUUUUCUUAGGAAUUCUCAAGUAAUGCAUGUAUACAUUUUAUAUAAAAAAGAGAGAAUAGUACAAAAUCUACAAAUACACAAUGAGACUUGUCGAUAAUUAUAAAAAAAAAAUAAUAAUAAUAUUUGCUUGAUUAUUAUAUCUAUGUGAAAGCAUUUUUUAUAAAAUAGUUACAGUGCAAGCUUUGAUUAAUAACAUGUGAUUU